CAGCGAAAAAGUUUGAGUCGCCGCUGCCGGGUUGCCAGCGGAGUCGCACGUCGGGAGCUACGUAGGGCAGAGGAGUCAUGGCUUCUCCGUCCAAAGGCAGUGACCUGUUUUCGCCCGACGAGGAGGGCCCAGCGGUGGUGGCCGGGCCAGGCCCGGGGCCUGGGGGCGCCGAGGGGGCCGCGGAGGAGCGCCGCGUCAAGGUCUCCAGCCUGCCCUUCAGCGUGGAGGCGCUCAUGUCCGACAAGAAGCCGCCCAAGGAGGCGUCCCCGCUGCCGGCCGAAAGCGCCUCGGCCGGGGCCACCCUGCGGCCACUGCUGCUGCCGGGACACGGCGCUCGGGAAGCGCACAGUCCCGGGCCGCUGGUGAAGCCCUUCGAGACCGCCUCGGUCAAGUCGGAAAACUCAGAAGAUGGAGCGGCGUGGAUACAGGAACCCGGCCGAUAUUCGCCGCCACCAAGUGAGUGCGCGCUUGGGCCAGGGCAGGAGUAGGAGGACAUAUGAGCCCUACCACCUGCACCCUGAGGAAACACAAGACCAAUCGGAAGCCGCGCACACCCUUUACCACGUCCCAGCUCCUCGCCCUGGAGCGCAAGUUCCGCCAGAAACAGUACCUCUCCAUUGCAGAGCGUGCAGAGUUCUCCAGCUCUCUGAACCUCACAGAGACCCAGGUCAAAAUCUGGUUUCAGAACCGAAGGGCUAAGGCGAAAAGACUGCAGGAGGCAGAACUGGAAAAGCUGAAAAUGGCUGCAAAACCUAUGCUGCCUUCCAGCUUCAGUCUCCCUUUCCCUAUCAGCUCGCCCCUGCAGGCAGCGUCCAUAUAUGGAGCAUCCUACCCGUUCCAUAGACCUGUGCUUCCCAUCCCGCCCGUGGGACUGUAUGCCACGCCAGUGGGAUAUGGCAUGUACCACCUGUCCUAAGGAAGACCAGAUCAAUAGACUCCAUGUUGGAUGCUUGUUUCAAAGAGUUUCUUCUCCCUCUCCAAGAACGCAGUACCAGCCAAUACUCCUGCUCUGCUAACCCUGCGUGCACCACCCUAAGCGGCUAGGCCGACAGGGCCACACGACAUAGCUGAAAUUUGUUCUUUAGGUGGAGGCACCAAGCCCUGUUUUCUUGGUGUAAUCUUCCAGAUGUCCCCUUCUCCUUUCACAAAGAUUGGCUCUGAUGGUUUUUAUGUAUAAAUAUAUAUAUAUAAUAAAAUAUAAUACAUUUUUAUACGGCAGACGUAAAAAUUCAAAUUAUUUUAAAAGGCAAAAUUUAUAUACAUAUGUGCUUUUUUUCUAUAUGUCACCUUCCCAAAAGACACUGUGCAAGUCCAUUUGUUGUAUUUUCUUAAAGAGGGAGACACAUUAUUUGCAAAAUGUGCUAAAGUCAAUGAUUUUUAUGGGAUUAUUGACUUCUGCUUAUGGAAAACAAAUAUUAGAAAGACACAAUGCACAUAGAAAAUAUUAGAUACGGAGAGAUUAUUCAAAGUGAAGGGGACGCAUAUUUCUGCAUUUUACUUGCAUUAAAAGAAACCUCUUUAUAUACUCCAUUUGUUCCUACCUCUCCCCUGCCCCCCACAGCCCCACCACACACACAUUUUAAAACUUUUUCCUUUUUUAAGAAUAUUUUUGUAAGACCAAUACCUGGGAUGAGAAGAAUCCUGAGACUGCCUGGAGGUGAGGUAGAAAAUUAGAAACACUUCGUAAUUCUUCUCAAGGCUGUCGGUAGCUUUCUUUCAGAUAACUGGAGAGUAAAAUGUUAAAGCCUGUUGAGAGGAAUUGAUGGUUUCUGAGAAAUACUGGGUACAUUCAUCCUCACAGAUUGCCAAGGUGAUUUGGGUGGGGGUAUAGUAAUUUUCUGCUUAAAAAAUGAAUAUCUUGUAACCAUUACCUAUAUGCUAAAUAUUCUUGAACAAUUAGUAGAUCCCGAAAGAAAAAAAACUGUGCUUUCUCUGUGUGUACCUGUUGUAUGUCCUAAACUUACUAGAAAAUUUUAUAUACUUUUUUACAUGUUGGGGGGCAGAAGGUAAAGCCAUGUUUUGACUUGGUGAAAAUGGGGUUGUCCAACAGCCCAUUAAGCUCCCUGGUAUUUCACCUUCCUGUCCAUCUCUCCCCUCCCUCCAGUAUACCUUUAUCCCUCUGAAAGGGUGCCUUGUACAAUUUUAUAUAUUUUAUUGAAGAGUUAUCUCUUAUUCUGAAUUAAAUUAAACAUUUGUUUUAUUGCAGUAAAGUUUGUCCAAACUCACAA